CCCAGCCAGCAGGGGGGCAGCCACAACCAGCACCACAUUCCCAUGAGCUGCAGAAAGCAGCCCUGCAGCCCAGACCCCCUCCCGGGGCUGAGGCUCGCCCUGCUCCGGCUGUGGCUUGCCUGGGGCCACGUGGAGUUCCUACCGUGUGGCCUUACCUAAGCCCAGGAGCCACCAGUGUCCAGCUCAGCCUCCUCCACAGCCUCCACCUGCACCCCCAGGAAGUGGGAGUGAGCUCAAGAAGAAAUGCACACCCACGCAGGACACUGUCUGCCGCUGUAGGCCAGGCACUCAGCCCCUGGAUGGCUUUAAGCCUGGAGUCGGUGAGCCUUGUGGUGGCCCUGGCCCGGGGUGGGAGAGUGUCUGCAUGUCCAGUGCGUGUGAGGUGGUACCCUCAAGCCACAGGCCUUGGUAAGGGUGUGAAUGAGCCAUGUUUCACAUCACACAGUCGGUCCCCAGUGUCUCCCCCUCCGGGCUGGGCCAGAAGGGUCACAUCAAGAAUGGGGUUCCCCAUCAGCUCCCUGGUAAGGGUCAGUGGGCAGAACGCACAGGGGUCUUCCAGAGGCCUUCCACCCACCCGCUUGCCAUGGGGGUGAGCACCAGCCCCACAGGCCCCAACUCCAGGAACCUCCGGGGUCAGAGCUCAAAGACCUCCGGGGUCCUUGCUGCAGACUGUGCCCCCUGCCCUGCUGGCCACUUCUCACCAGGCGACAACAAGGCCUGCAAGCCCUGGACCAACUGCACCUUGACCGGGAAGCGCACCCUAAAACCAGGCAGCAUGAGCUCAGACACCCUCUGCGAGGACAGGACUUCCCCAGGCGCACUACCCUGGGAGACCCAGGGCCCCACAGCCAGGCCCACCACUGCCCUGUCCACUGCAGCCCUGCCUGGAACUUCUCUAGGGCCCUCCACGCCCCCAUCAGAGGCCCACAGGGGCCUCCCGCUGGCUGCCGUCCUGGGCCUGGGCUUGAGCCUCCUGGCGCCCCUGGCUGUCCUGCUGGCCCUGCGCCUGCACGGAAGGGCCUGGAGGUCAUCCGCUUCCGGACCCCCAUUCAAGAGGAACAGCCCGACGCACACUCCACCCUGGCCAAGAUCUGAGAGCAUCUUGGGGGUGGGCUUUGUGGGGCAGCGCCCCAGGCACAGGCCACCCACCUGUGCCCUCCACACCGUUCUAGGUGCUGGGCCGGCUCUGGGCUCUCCUACGUAUGUUGUGCAUACUACCUGCCCAACGGCACCCCAAUAAACACACCAGCUACUGUG